AUGCUCUACAACCUUUGCGACUAUUGCCAAUUUAUUUAUACGGUGGAUCGCCAACAUGAUCCAGCUUUUGGGACACAAGCGAAUUUGGCAAAAAUCAAUCGCUAUUAUUCCCACUUGAAGAACAAGUCAAACGAAUUUGAAGAUAUUUCAGAGGUUAUGCCUCCCAAAUUUGAUAAUAAAAAUACGGUCGAACUGAUGGAGAGCUUGGAACAGUGGUUGAAGCGCAAUCGCGGAAAGGGUGGCACUUUGCUAACAUAUGUAAUCUGUGAGCAUCAAAAUCCGGACGACAAUCCAACAGCUGAUCCUGGUCUCCUUAUGCCAUCUGUGGAAGAUGAGGCAAUUCGUCGGAGCUUGCAUCGAGAGGACCAGUUUGUCGCUAAUAACAAAGCUGUGUGGAAUAUGUUAUAUUCAGUAUGCCAUGGCACCGAUGCUUGGCCUGUUAUAAAGGGAUACAAGACUACAGAAAAUGGAAGGCAAGCGUAUCUUGAUCUGGUUGCCCACUAUCAGGAUUUGAAAAAUUGUGGUGAUGGCAUGUCGGAACAUGCCAAGACUGAAGAUACGGCCCAGCAAACUCAUCGCUUAACUGCGAUCAGCGGCACAAGAGCCUUAGCUGCUGUCGAUGGUGGGGGACAAAACUCCAAUCGCGGACGUGGCCGUGGUCGUGAUCGUGAUAAUGGUGGUCGUGAUCGUGGUGGCCAUAAUCGUAAUCGUAAUCAACAUGGAUGUGGCGGAGGUCGCGGACGAGGUGGUAGUCGAAGCCACAAUGGUACUGUAUGGUCCGAUGAUGGCACGACCAUCCUCAACAACGGUGGAUACUCCCAAGACACUUGGAGCAGUUUCUCUGAUCGUGAUCGCCGUGUUGUCCUCCAAGCUCGUGAACGUGCUAACAGUUGUCUUAUGAGUGAACGUGACAUUGCGGAAUUGAACACUUUGCGUGAACAAAAUCGUGACCGCCAACAAAAUGAAGAACCUGCACCUACACCAGCUCCAGCACCCUCUUCUGGCAACAUUGGUAGUGGAGUUCGACGUGGCCGUCUCUGA